CAAAACCCAAGAAAACAUCAGCAACUUUGAAGUCUGGAAUAGAGCUUUACAAAUGAAAACAAAAAAUAUAUGAAACAUCAGUAUCUUGUUUCCACUCCUGUCUUGUGCUUGUUGUGAUCGUCGCCACCAUUUUCGUACACUUGUUUCAUGCCAUCCAUGGUGGUUUAUGCACUUUCAAUCCAGUGUUCAGGUAUUGAGUGUCUGGCUUAAAGAUGACCUCCGUUAAUUAUCAUUGAAGAUACAAUUUAAAAAAGUUUGCAUUGAAUCGCAGAAAUUGCAAAUCGACGAAUCUCUAGUAUUCAAUCUCAUCUCAAAAAUGCCUUCACUGAGGCAAAAGGUUACUACAUACUUCAGGCAAUUUAGUUUCAUUGCUGAUCGAGAAGAACGAAUUACAUCCGAGAGCAAAGUGUCGGAUGGAUCCUUCAUAACACGAUACCUAGACGGGACGUGGAAGCCCCCAGAUUUUAUACCUAAGAUCAAGUCAGGAAAGGAACCUAAUGAGUUACCAGAACAUAGCAUUGACAAGUAUAAAACUGGAACCGAUUCCGUAACGGCGGCCUACACGGGUCCUGACAAAGGGUUGACUGGUAUUCGUAGAACACGCAUUCAUCUGAGUGCAGGCCCUGAAAUAGAUUUCAUAGAUACUCAUUUGGAGCAAGAAAUUCAAAGUGACUCCGCAUUCGGGAAGAAAACACACAACUCCAUCAAAUCGAACGUAAAAGCAGACACUAAUGCAAAUAGGAGAACUGUUACCGCUAAUAAAGAAAGUUCGAAGUUAUUACAGAUGCAGAAAUCUGCAACCAAAGACCCACAUCCGGAAAGCGUGAUCUCACUCGUGGCCGAAACAAUAGAUAAUGUAAAUGACAACACAGUUAUUAAGAGUACUUUGGACGCUACGGAUACGACUGACCCCAUAGCGAACAUAACGAAUUGGAAUCUCCCAGAUGACGAUGCGUAUGGAAUAUCGGUUUCCUUGUAUGAGAAGAAUUUUAUUACUGGCGAAAAUAUCGGAAAUCCUGUGGCAGAUUGCUUUGGAAUAAUUGCAAGAGAAAAUACUUGCAUAAUGGCGCUGGCAGAUGGAGUGAACUGGGGCGAUGGGGCACAGCUCGCAGCAAGAUGUGCUGUUCAAGGUGCAAUCGAUUACUUGAAUUCGGCUAUAUUUGGAAUUCAUCAGACUUCGUCAACGAAAGAAAUUUUUGUAAGUUUGGUGCGAAGUUUUUGGGAAGCACAUGCUUACAUAAUGGAAGCAGGUGGAGCAUUGACUACGUUGACUGUUCUGGUAGUUCUACCGCUGUCUGAAGAUCCAGGCAAAUAUGUUGCAUGUUCCUGCAAUGUCGGCGAUUCUCUUGGAUACGUUUAUUCUAAAGUUCACGGUGUGCGAGAAAUCACUGAAGGUUCCCAUGAUGUCAACUCCAUGCGUGAUAUGCGCGAUGCUCUGGGAGCCCUUGGGCCGGUUAACGGCGAUAGACCGGAAAUGACGAACCUCACGCUUGCAUCAACAGUCUUGGAAAAAGACGAUAUUGUGUUCCUCACGUCCGAUGGUAUUAGUGACAAUUUUGAUCCCGUGGUGGGCAAAUUUGCUGAACCAUUGAUGCAUAAGGUUCAACCAGUGGUUCCUUCUCAAACUAAUCAAACUCGCUUAGCCCCCAAAAGACAAAACAAAAGUGCAUCCAGUAUUAUGCCUAAGCAGAAAGAAGUAGAUACGAAUGCUAAAGUAGGACCAUCUUCAAGACCACCGGUGUCACACGCGCCAACGACACAUAAAAGACCAGUAUCUACAGGUUCUUCUAUAGAGGGAGCAAGAAGAACUUACACCAGAUCUAAAACAUUCAUCGAACCUAGAUUACGUAUAGCUAACCAUCCAACCAGAACUCCAGCAUUGCCAUUAGUGACAGGUGCACAAAGGCAUCAGUUAACGUUGUUACGGAUGGCUGACUUGCUAACAUACGGAAUCAAUGGAACUCUAAGACCCUGUACAACUGCCAAGCAGCUAUGCCAGCUAUUGAUUGAUUUUGCGACCUGCAUCACGUCAGCAAAAAGAAAAAUGUUAGAGCAACGUGAGCUUUAUUACAGAAUUGUAACAGACAAGGAUGGACGCCGAAAAGAAGUAGAAUACACUAAAAACCAACAGAAGAUGGCCCGAAAGAGAAUGGUGGAAGGAAGCACCUUUUCGUCACUUCCUGGAAAGUUGGAUCAUGCAUCGAUUGUUGCGUACACAGUUGGUGUGGGACAUGCAUAUACUGAAACAAACCUCUAGUAAAGAGAGCAGUUAAGUGAAGUUAUAAUACGGCUCCGUAAUGCCUGAUGGCAAAAGAGCCUAAUAAUAAAUGCAAUUUUGAUAGAUCUACAAUAUAAGCAGACUGGUCUCGCUUUUUCACAUAAAACUAUGAAUAAACUUGAAUAAUAAUAACUAUAAUCAUA